AGUUUCAUAACUAGGCCUUGAUUCAGGAGUGUGCGAGAAUAAACAAACGGGAAGUGAACCGUGAACCACAAAUUCGCGAGAUUCAACAGUCAUGCCGGAAGACAAUAAGCAACGAAGGCGUUCGUCGUUCAUCCCGACAGCCGAGCAGGUCAAGGCCCAGGAGUCCCAAAAUCUUAUCAUCACCUACGGGAUCCUCAUUGUCCUCCUACUCAUUUUAUGGGUUUUGUACACUGGCCUUCAUGGGAGGAUCCGACAAUAUAAUGUGCAAGCAAAGAAUCCACCAAGAAUAUACCUCACGUUCGAGUACACCCAUCUACAAACCCAUUGGAACUUGCACGAACUCACUAGAAUGUUGGAAAUGUACGCUUUUCGGGACCUCGGCACGUGCGGAAUGACUUCGCAGCGGCUUUUGAACUUGCAGCCAAUAAUUUGGCACGUCGCAGAACCCCAAACGCAUAAAGGUGUUCACUGA